AUGGUUUCCGACUCCACUUUUUCAUAUGUGCACAUGGACAGUCAAGUCUCUGUGCUGUUUGUAGAAGCUUGGGAGAAUCAAAAGUUACGAUGGGACGAUGUUGAAUUUCCUAACGGGGAAGCCGUGGAACAACACGAUAAUUUGCUUCAGCAGUUCCUUUCGCAAAAUGAAGAGACAGACACUGAUCUUACAGUUAUGAACAGCAGCAAUCCUAUGUUUAAUGCAUCGUAUGCCAACAGGGUGAAACAAAAAAGCAGAAAGCUUAAUUGGAAGGACAUGGAUUUGAACGCGUUCAGCUCCAAAAAUAACAAAAAGAACCAGAUACAUGAUCUGACGAUAUUGAACAAGCCAAACUUGGGUAGAUAUCCAAGCAAUAAUGACAUGGACACUUUUUUAGGACUGGCAGAGCGUGCAGAGCUUGGGAUAUCAGACAAUGGCAUAAAUGAGGACACCAUAGCUAACGAUCGAAUAAUACGUCAAUUUAGCAUGAACUCGGAUGAGGAACUGGAUUUUGACAACGACAGUGCAGUCACCAAUAGAAAGCUGUCCAACCCUGAUGUAUCAAGGAGCUUUUCGUAUCAAUAUGCCACUCCAACCCUCAACAACAAGUCUAGCAUUCAUAAUUUCCAGGGAUCUUCACAUAGAACCUUGUCCCAACAAAAAAGACAAGUAAGUGAUAACUCUACAAGAAAUAUUAGCUAUAAUACCCCCGGUCACCGCAAUAUUCGCUAG